GCUUAAAUUACGGAAGGCUGAAAACCCGAUUCACUCGAGUGCACAUGUACUCAGACCAGACAAAACGCACACGUUUCAGUCAGCCUUCCAACUCGUGUAACAUGCACUUUGUUUAGCCUUUGCACCCAGAAACAGUCUUGUUUCCAACCAAACACGCAUUGUUGUAUCCAAGCAACAUUCAUUUUUCCGGACAACUCUCGCCAAACUUCCAACAUUUCUGCUCAGUUUACGGACUUUGCACAUUUACAUAAAACCAUGUUUCUUGUUUCCAGGGUUUGCUUACGCAAACCCUUCCAAGGAAAAACCCCCUUCAUCACCGUUUCGUGAUAUAAAAAUGAGGCUGUACAACGCUAGAAUCGCCUUCGCUUUGGCCAGUAAAAGCGCCUGUGGCAAAGGCCUGUCUUGUUCUUGCUUCAGUCUUGGGUUGGGAAAUCGUGCGUAGAAACUUUGCGUUCGGUCUAGGAACCUGUUCGACUCGCGUGAAUUAAUCUUUCGCGGCUAAGUUCCGAGAACCCACAGACUUCGAGAUUGUCAGUUACCGUGCCGUGCGAGAAAUAAUUCUGAGUCUCGUUCGUUCAUCCGUCUAGGAGAGUUGGUAUCACAUUGUUAGAACCUGACGUAUUCAAGAGGCAGUAUUCAACAGUGGCGACGAAGUAUUUGAACCCAUGGCAGUUGCAUAUAAUGAGUUUAAAUUACUUUUGGAGCACCAGAUUGCUUUAAUGACUGCCUUAACGGAAAAACUCUCCAGUUCUUCCCUUCAAUCAGGUUCCACGGGCAGCACUCCUUCGGUUGACAAUAUCUGCAGCAGCAUCUCCGAAUUCCUGUAUGACCCUGGCGCUCAAAUUACCUUCGAGUCCUGGUAUAAGCGGUACGAGGAUCUGUUCACCGUUGACCUGGCUUCCCAGGCUGACGCGUGGAAGGUCCGGCUGCUUCUGCGCAAACUGGGCACGGUCGAGCACCAACGUUAUACAAACUUCAUCUUGCCAAAGAAGCCCCGCGAUGUUCCCUUUGGUGAAACGGUCCGCACGUUGUCGCAGAUCUUUGGCGAACAGUCCUCGCUGUUCAAUGCCCGGUACCAAUGUCUGCAGCUGACCAAACGAGAUGCCGAUGAUUUCGUCACAUACGCGGGCAUCGUCAAUCGGGAAUGCGAACGGUUCCAGCUUGGCUCGCUCACAGAAGACCAGUUCAAGUGCUUGCUUUUCAUUUCUGGCCUCCGGUCCGCCCAUGAUGCCGACAUCCGAACGCGCCUCCUAUCCAAGCUGCAGCAGGACAGCACGAUCACACUCCACAACCUGGCCGAGGAGUGUCAAUCGCUGAUCAAUCUGAAACACGAUUCCGCGAUGAUCCAGAACGCUUCCGCGCCUGGUCUGGUCCAGGUGGUCGCAGCCCCCAAGCCGCAACCUUCUGAGCGGCUCUCCCAACUCAACCGAGCGAAGUCCCCACCCUAUCCGUGCCGAUUCUGUGGUGCAGGCCAUUUCCACCGAGAUUGCAACUUCCGACAGCAUCGAUGCCAACGUUGUGGCAGGGUGGGGCACCGUGAUGGAUACUGCUAUCCUACGUCGCACAAGGGAGCCAAACCUGGGCUGGCCCCCACCCGCAGACCCGCACAACCCAAGGGGACCAAACCUGGCCUGGCCCCCACCCACAGUCAAAAGAAGAGGUCACGAUCCAGACGCAAACCCAACACUGGCCCGGUUGGCAGCUCCAUGAGCUUGCUGGCCACAUUCCAAGUCAAUGCGGAUCGCAGGAAGUUCGUCGACGUCCAGAUUAAUGGCCAGACCGUCCGAUUGCAGUUGGACACUGCUUCGGACAUCACGAUCAUCUCCGAGAAACUCUGGCGAUCCCUUGGUAGUCCACCAGUCCAGCCAACCCUUCAAUCCGCCACCAGCGCCUGUGGUGGCCACGUGCAGCUAACUGGGCAGCUGCAUUGUACCGUCUACUUUCGAGGUGUCACAUUCGACGGGAUCUGCUACAUCGCCAAGGCAAACCUCAAUCUACUUGGUCUCGAUUGGCUCGAACAGCUUGGCAUGGCCGAUCUACCUCUCCGAACCAUCUGCAGCGCGGUACAAUCUCUGGCCGUACCAACUGACGAAACCGAUGACCUCAUCCGACAGUUCGCCUCAGUGUUCCAAGAUGGUCUUGGCCGCUGUUCACGCACCCGCGCCGUGUUACAGCUUGCUCCCGGAGCUCAACCGGUAUUCCGUCCUAAAAGGCCGGUCCCAUACGCAGCCUUACCAUUGGUCGAUGCCGAACUUAAACGAUUGGAAGAUAUGGGUGUCCUGGUACCGGUGUCCUACUCUGCUUGGGCAGCCCCAAUCGUUGUUGUCAAGAAACCAAAUGGAUCCCUUCGCAUCUGUGCCGACUUCUCUACGGGCCUCAAUGCCGCUCUACAACCGAACUGCUACCCAUUACCAUCACCAAACGACCUCUUUACCAUACUCAAUGGCGGGACGUGUUUUGCCAAAAUCGACCUGGCAGACGCAUACUUACAAAUCGAGGUGGCUCCGGAGUCGCAACCGCUUUUGACGAUCAACACACACCGCGGUCUCCUUCAGUACACCAGAUUGCCGUUUGGCGUCAAGACCGCACCAGCCCUAUUCCAGCAGACAAUGGAUACAAUGAUCGCUGGCAUUCCAGGAACGGCCGCAUACCUGGAUGAUCUCCUUAUUGUUGGUCGCAACCCAGAAGAAUUGCGAGAACGUCUGGUCUCGGUCUUUAAACGGAUCCAGGAAUAUGGUUUCCGCCUGAGAGCCGAUAAAUGCCAAUUCUUCCUACGGUCAAUCAAGUACCUCGGCUUUGUCUUCGAUGCUAAUGGCCGUCACCCCGACCCCGGAAACGUCGAAGCCAUUCACCAGAUGCCACCUCCCAACGAUAUUCAUCAACUGCGCUCCUUCCUUGGUCUCAUCACUUACUACAGUGCUUUCUUACCAUCACUACACGAUGUACGGGCCCCUCUGAAUCAACUGUUGCAAAAGGAUGUUCCUUGGCACUGGUCCCCCGCAUGCGAGAAGGCCUUCGCGCGCCUGAAAACUAUGCUCAGUUCUGAUCUGCUGCUGACACAUUACGAUCCAGCCCUACCCAUUCUAGUCGCCGCCGAUGCCUCCAAUUACGGAAUCGGAGCGGUCCUCUCCCAUCGCUUCCCCGAUGGUUCCGAGAAAGCGGUCAUGCAUGCCUCCCGCACGUUGACGUCCGCAGAGAAGAACUACGGUCAGAUCGAGAAAGAAGCCUUGGCUAUCGUCUUUGCUGUUAAAAAGUUCCACAAAAUGCUGUAUGGUCGACAUUUCACCUUAUUGACCGACCACAAGCCGUUGUUGUCCAUCUUUGGCUCCAAGAAGGGUAUUCCAACGUAUUCAGCCAGUCGACUUCAACGAUGGGCCGUCAUCCUUCUCGGUUACGAUUUCGAAAUCCGUUUCUGCCGCACUCAGGAUUUUGGUCAAGCUGACGGUCUCUCACGCCUCAUCCCCAAACAUACGGUAAAUGAAGAUAUCGUGAUCGCCGCUGUCGCCGUCGAAGAAGAUGUUCGUCAUCAGCUUUCAGACACUAUCCGCAGCCUUCCACUUACAGCCGCCGACAUACGUCGCGAAACUGCACACGAUCCGGUUCUCCGCCAAGCUAUCGCUUACGUUCAGACACGCUGGCCUAACAUUACCUUCUCAGGAGAACUCAAGCACCUAUUCCAGCGUCGGGACUCCCUCUCUGUCGUCGACUCCUGCCUUAUGACCGCUGAUCGAGUCAUAGUUCCUGUCCACCUUCGACAAGCCGUGCUCCGUCAGUUCCAUUCUGCACACCCUGGUAUCAGCAGAAUGAAGGCAAUUGCUCGCAGUUUCGUCUAUUGGCCUGGGAUAGACAGCGACAUUGAAGAUUUGGUUCGCCGUUGCUCCAGGUGUCAACAAGCAGCCAAGAUGCCACAGCACCAACCACCAGUUCCCUGGCAACCAACAGAGAAACCGUGGUCUCGAGUACAUAUCGAUUAUGCUGGUCCAAUUGAUGGUACCUCCUAUCUGGUCCUGGUUGAUGCGUACUCUAAAUGGCCUGAAGUCGUACCAAUUAAUUCUCCGACUACCACCGCAACAAUAACUUGUCUCCAACGCAUAUUCAGUCAACAUGGAUUCCCUGAUGUUCUAGUGUCCGACAACGGAACGCAGUUCACGUCAUCCCAAUUUGAGGAUUUUUGUCGCUCUCACUGCGUGCAGCACCUCAGAUCACCACCCUAUCAUCCACAGUCUAACGGUCAAGCGGAACGUUUUGUCGACACUUUCAAGCGAGCGCUCUUAAAGGCUCGAGGGGAGGGAACUACAGAAACAAUUAUUCAGGCUUUCCUGUUCGUCUACAGGACCACACCUAAUCCAGCAGUUCCAGGAGGGAAAUCACCCGCCGAAGCAUUGAUGGGUCGGAAACUGCGCACAACACACGACGUACUAAUCCCAACAAAAGUGCCACCGGUGAAAUCCAAAAUCAAAACCAAGUGCAAAGGCUACGCUGUUGGAGCUCCGGUCUUUGCCCGUGACUACCGGGCUGGUCACCCACACUGGAUCGAAGCUACAGUAACGGGUCAUCGUGGUAGUAUGCUAUAUGAUAUCGUUGUAGGAGACGACACCUGGGUUCGUCAUCAAAACCAACUUCGACCGCGACAUGGAACACUCAAAAAACCAUCUCAGUCGACCGCAAAAACACCCCUGCACAUACUAUUGGAUACUUUCGGAAUUCCAGGGCAACAGACGGAAAGUGUGGAACUCGCACCGCCGAUUCCUCCUCGCAGAUCACAACGCAUCCGUCGAACAACCGAAAGAAUACAGAUCGACCCGAAACUCAAACGGUAUGUUCAAACUUAAAGGGGGGAUGUUAUGGGGACCCAACGUCCCUAUAAUUAUUAAAGGCUUAAAUUACGGAAGGCUGAAAACCCGAUUCACUCGAGUGCACAUGUACUCAGACCAGACAAAACGCACACGUUUCAGUCAGCCUUCCAACUCGUGUAACAUGCACUUUGUUUAGCCUUUGCACCCAGAAACAGUCUUGUUUCCAACCAAACACGCAUUGUUGUAUCCAAGCAACAUUCAUUUUUCCGGACAACUCUCGCCAAACUUCCAACAUUUCUGCUCAGUUUACGGACUUUGCACAUUUACACAGAACCUUGUUUCUUGUUUCCAGGGUUUGGUUACGCAAACCCUUCCAAGGAAACCCCCCCCCUUCAUCUCUGUUUCGUGAUAUAAAAAUGAGGCUGUAGAACGCUAGAAUCGCCUUCGCUUUGGCCAGUAAAAGCGCCUGUGGCAAAGGCCUGUCUUGUUCUUGCUUCAGUCUUUGGUUGGGAAAUCGUGCGUAGAACUUUACGUUCGGUCUAGGAACCUGUUCGACUCGCGUGAAUUAAUCUUUCGCGGCUAAGUUCCGAGAACCCACAGACUUGGAGAUUGUCAGUUACUGUGCCGU